CUUCCAAACAGUAUUCUAUGAGUGCAGUAAUUUUGGACAGCGUUUAAAUCUUCUAAACAUCAUAAUUCUCAGUGAUAUUAUAAUAUCCACGGAUUAAUCUACGGUAAGCAUCAUCCGUUCGGGAAAGACAGUAUUUGCGCAGUAUGCUGCGAUGGAAUAUAGUAAUGAGACGGAAGGGGAUUGCUGGGAUUUCCAUAAAUUUGACUUGUGGUAGAUAACUUGGAUUUGGAAUCGCGCGUCUUCUGCUCUGUUUGUGACCUAAGGUAUAAUUUUAGGAUUUAAAACGGAUUAUUUCUGUUCAAGUGGAUUUUUAUGACGAUACUUUUUUUUUGAGGGGAAUUAAAAGAUAUGGUCAGUGCAGUGGUCAGUCAGGAGAGAUUGAAGAUUUCCCGCGCCUGCUCUGCGGUGGAGGACUACAGGCGGCCGCUCGUGGAAGAACCGAACCAUCUGAAGAGAGCGCUUGCCAUGCCGUUUCGGGUCUCGAGCGGUAGAAAGCUGUAAAACCUGUGUCCAGGAGUUGACUGAGACGCGGUGAUGGGCUUUGCCAUGAGGCACCGCUGGUUCAUGGUGCCACUGCUAAUGCAGGCAUGGCUGUCUGCCACCCCUUGCUUUGGUGAGCGUCCUUGCCCUCGGAGCUGUCGUUGCGAUGGCAAAAUUGUAUACUGUGAGUCUAGUGCAUUCCGUGAUGUUCCCAAGAACCUCUCAGGCGGCUGUCAAGGCCUGUCCCUGCGGUAUAACAGCUUAGCAAGCCUGAAGGCUGGCCAAUUUGUUGGCCUCAACCAGCUCAUUUGGCUGUACCUCGACCACAACUACAUUGCUAAUGUGGAUGCACGUGCUUUUCAAGGGAUACGGAGGCUCAAAGAGCUAAUAUUGAGCUCCAACAAGAUUACACUGCUGCAUAACACCACAUUUCACCUGGUACCAAACUUGAGGAACCUGGACCUUUCUUAUAACAAGCUACAAGCUCUACAACCAGGGCAGUUCCAGGGACUGCGCAAGCUACUCAGCUUGCACAUGCGCUCCAACUCCCUUAAGAAUCUUCCCUCUCGCCUUUUUCAAGACUGCCGUAAUCUUGAAUUCCUUGACCUUGGCUACAACCGUCUGCGCAGCAUCACUCGCAAUUCAAUGUCUGGCCUGAUGAAGCUAACUGAGCUGCAUAUAGAGCAUAACCAGUUCUCCAAAAUCAACUUUUUCAACUUUCCACGCUUCUAUAACUUACGUGCUCUUUACCUACAGUGGAACCGCAUUAGGACCAUGAGUGAAGGCCUUACGUGGACCUGGACAUCAUUGCAGAAGCUAGACCUUUCAGGAAAUGACCUGCAGGAGAUAGAUGCAGAAGUGUACCGGGCCAUGCCAAAUCUGCAGACGCUUAAUCUUGAUUCAAACAAGCUUGUCAAUGUGUCUCGAGAAGCUGUGGAUGCCUGGACCUCUCUGACUGCAAUUAGUCUGGCAGGAAACAUGUGGGACUGUGGACCAGUUGUGUGUCCACUAAUGGCCUGGCUGAGAACCUUCCGUGGAAACAAAGAAAUUAAUAUGAUUUGUGCAUCACCCAAAGAAGUUCAAGGGGAGAAGGUUAUGGAUGCAGUUGACGCCAAUGGAGUUUGCAGGGUUGCCUCUGCUACGCCAUCAACCGUAAUUGUUCCCUCUACCUCUUUUGUCACCUUUACCCAGACCCCUGCCAGCUCUUUCAUCCCAACUAUCAAAUCUGGAGACAGCAGAAGGGGCCAGGGGACGUCCUUGGAAGGCACCACCUCUUCAGCACCUUCUCAGCCCGCUGUCCCACCACCUGAGCAAGACUUUGAACCGGUGUCAUUCCACAAGAUUGUGGCAGGAAGUGUUGCCCUCUUCCUAUCAGUUGCCAUGAUCCUCCUGGUAAUUUAUGUCUCAUGGAAGCGCUAUCCAAGCAGUGUUAAGCAGCUACAAGAAAACUCGGCUGCUGCUCGCAAACGUCGGAAAAAAUCACGGGAGACAGAGCACACACUCAGCACACCAUUGCAGGAGUACUAUGUGGACUACAAGCCUAAUAACACAGAGGGUACGGAUGUGCUGGUCAAUGGUACUGGACCAUGCACCUACACCAUCUCUGGCUCCAGAGAAUGUGAGGUCCCUCACCAGAUGAGCACUCUGACCUUCUACAGGUACGAGCAGCCUAUAGUGGACUACUGCCAGGCCCAUCAACCCCUGCGGCUCAACAUGAGCUAUGAGGGUCCGCCGCAAAGCCUGGAGGGGCUGGAGGAGCUUCCCCCCCGCGAGAGGAGCACCAUCCAGACAGUGGCCCUUCCGGCAGUGCCCACCAUCAACACGGGCACCGCGGGACCUUGCUCCCCACCCAGCCAGAGAGCGCCCGUGGAGGGGCCCAGCAUCCCUUACCCCACCACAGAACGCUCCAUAAACUAUCCAACAACAGAACGUUCCACCAGCACCCUCACUUUUAGACGCUAACGGCCCCCGCUCGCAAAGCAAGUCAUGAUGGGUAAUUUCAAAAGAGGCUGUGCCUGGGCGGUGAUCCACAUUCUGCCGGCAUUAACGCAGCAGUGCAUCCGAAAACUGUGCAUACUGCUGCGCGCUAACUGUUUCUCUCGAAUAUAGAGAAGUGAAAAACAUUCCCACGACAUCGCUGGAGGACACAAGUAU